GGCCGUAUAUAAGCAGCGGGCGCGGCGCCGCAGCGGCAGCGGCGCGGGGCCAUGAACGGGCUGCAGGGCUGGUGCGCGGUGCUGGACGUGCGGCCCCACGGCGAGAGCCCGGACAGCUUGAAGGUGCUGAGGUUGACUCUGCCGAAUGACCUGCCGGGCGAUAGACGUGAGCAGGUGAAGCAGAAGCCGGUAGGAAAGGCCUUCGCCAUGGUGGCCAACAGAUCGAGCAGUAGUCACUCCCUGGCAUCCGAAUGCAUCAAAUCCAACGACGGCGACGAGGAGAUCAUUAAGGUUUAUCUCAAAGCACGGGCUGAGGGCAGCGUGAAUCACGAAGAACACAUCAACCAGCUGAAAAGUGAAGUUCGUUACAUUCAAGAGGCUAGAAGUUCUUUGAAGAAGCUGCGGGAAGACUUAAGUAGUAAACUUGAGAACAGACAAGGAGAUAAACAGCCUGCACAGGUCAUGUUGGAAAAGCAGAACGGAAGCUGGCUGUACCCCGAGAGGCUACGGGCCGAUUCCUGGGAAGUGCAGGAGGAGGAUUAUUUGGGAGACGAUGCGGAGAAGAUCCGGCAGACGGCAAAGAGGCUGUUCACGAAGCUGCAGGAGGCUGAGAAGCACCAUCAGUUGGAGAAGAAGGCCUUUGAGCGGACGAUCUCGCAGUACCAGGAGGAAGCAGAGCAAACCAGCUCUGCCCUGCGGAGAGCGGAGAAGAGCGUGGCGGAGAAGGAGGUGCAGGUGGACGAGCUGCAGAGACUCCUGGCAGGGAUGGAGAAGGAGCACGGGAGUUUGCUGCUGAAGAUGAAAGAAGGCGAAGCCGAGCUGGCGAGGCUGAGGAGUGUGGAAGGUGACAAGCUCGCCGAACAAGACCGGUCGGCCAAGCUGGAGAAGGAGGUGGCCAUGCUGCGGGAGAAGAUACACCAUCUGGAUGACAUGCUGAAAAGCCAGCAGCGCAAAGUCCGCCAGAUGAUUGAGCAGCUCCAGAACUCCAAAACGGUGAUUCAGGACAAAGAUGCUGCGAUCCAGGAGCUCAAGGAGAGGGUUGCUUACUUGGAGGCUGAGAACCUGGAGAUGCAUGAUCGCAUAGAGCACUUGAUUGAGAAGCAAGUCAGUCGAAGUGGCCACAGCUCCCGGGCACGCUCAAAAUCGGAGUAUGUGAGCAGCAAAAGGGUGACGGGCCCCAAGCCGCUGCCUCUUAUUCGAGUGGUGGAAACAUGAGUUUCGAGGGCUGGUCUGAGCUGAAGACUCUCCCCUUGUUAUCAUUGACUGGACUUCUCUGCUUGGCUGCUGUUCUCUGGCCUCUGCACUCAGUCUCCCCUGGAUCUGUCAGUGGAGGGCAGUGCCCCUGGAGAACUGUGGCACCCAAGGACAGACAUUGCUGGGGAGGUCCUGGCAGAGGAAGGAGCUUUAUGAAGUGUCCGCACUGUCCCCUGCUGGGUCCCAGGGUCAUGUGGAUGCCAGUUUGGUGGAGACCGGCUAGGGUGGCUGGGACCAGCUGGCCCUGGUGUGCACAACACAGCGCUCUAGCUGGAGAGCCCAGCUCGCUUUCCCUGGCCAGUCCUGGGUUUGCCUGGGUUGCUCUGUGAGCAGCCUUUGCUUCUGAAGGGUCUUGUCCAAACAGAGCCCUCCCUUCAGAUUUCAGCUGCCAACAUGGACUUGGGGUCUAACUUGUUUUUUUUGUUUGUUUGUUUGUUUUGUUUUGGGGUUUUUUUGUUUAUUUUUUGUUUUGUUUUUUUUUAAAUUCACCCUUACAAAGAAGAAAUCUUCCUGAAACCAGACUCCUUCCUGUAACAAAGCUCAAUGCAUGACAAUUUGGGAGCCUCCACCUCUGAUCUCCAGCACCUCUGGCUGCUCCAGACUUGGCAAAGGUUCACGUGGCCAAAGUAGUGUAUUGACAUGCUUUUCCCAUUCCCUUUCUCCUGAGGGUAGAGAAAUUGUACCCAGUGUACACGUCUAGUGUUUAAACCCAGAGGCUGUUUAGUUUGUACCUGUAUUUAUUUCAAUAAAUUAUUGGUGUCUUCCAAUGAUGUGGUGACAGGCAUGAUUGCUGCUGUCUAACUCCAAGGGAGCAUGUUUGAGAACUGCCUGUCCCAUAUUUGAACUGGAAAACACCAACCAGCUUCCUCUGGUUUGUGAGUUAUGAGCUUGUCUUGUGUCCUUAGUAAAGGAGCUUGGGUGAAGCUAGAGGAAUGUUGUUGGUGUUCAUACCUACCAGAGAGGUGAGACAAUGUGCUGUAACCAUACCUUGCAACUCUUAAUACCAAAACCAUGUAUGCCUUAAUCUGUCAGCCUGUAGCCAGUUGAAUACAUGAUGUUAACAGUG